UUCGAGACCAAGAUGAACAGUGUGGAAAUGACAGGGUUGUAUGGCAACUUCACCUCGCCGAACUUCCCCCAGCCAUAUCCUGACGACCAGUUUGUAGCGUGGAACAUCACUGUCGCUGAUGGCCACAGGGUCAAACUCUACUUCACACACUUCAGCCUGGAACCGUCACAAAAGUGUGAAUAUGACUACAUUCAGGUGUUGGCACAGGGCAAUGAAACCUUGCGGUUCUGUGGUGAAGGGGAGAAGGACCACGCCAGUGCCCCCAGGAACACUGUCAUCCUGUCAGCAGGCCACCUCAUGUCAGUGGUCUUUAGAAGUGACUACUCUAAUGAGGGCCGAUUCACCGGAUUUCAAGCAUUUUACACUUCUGAAGAUGUGGAUGAGUGUAUGACCACAGUAGAUGGAGAGACUGUGUGUGAUCAUUUCUGUCACAAUUACAUUGGUGGAUAUUACUGCACUUGCAGGCAGGGAUACCAUCUCCAUGACAACAAAAGAUCCUGCACUGUGCUAUGCCCUAGCCAGGUUAUGACUGCACCGUCCGGGGAGCUGACCAGUCGGGGCUACCCACGUCCUUACCCACCCAUGAGUCGGUGUGACUACACUAUCCGUCUGCCGGAGGGCUAUCGAGUGAUAAUAGACUUCGUGGAACCCUUUGAUGUAGAGCAACACCCAAAUUUCCCCUGUCCAUACGAUACCCUGAAGAUUUCAACGGCGGGGCAAGAGUACGGGCCCUUCUGCGGAUCAUCACCACCGGGCCGAAUUGACACCGGUAGUUAUCAAGUGCACAUCACGUUUAGGUCUGAUCCCACCGGGCAAAACAAGGGAUGGAAGAUCAAGUAUACUAGCACCAGGUUUGAAAUAACUCAAAGAGACUAGACCUACUGUAGACUUGUGUACGUAUUUUACCUCAAGCGACUUGAUAUCUAAGUUAAAAAUUUUAAAGCGAUACUGCGCAAAGUGACCAUUUUUCAAAAAAGCAAAAUAAUUUUGUACUGAAUUAAUAGACAUUUCAGAGUAUGACUGAUAGCAUCUCUAUUACAUAUGAAAGUUGUUAUCCCACUGAUUGCUUGUUAGGGUUUUAGCACUGGCACUGCAAAGACACUGUAAGGAAAUGGAAUUCAAGUUUGUUAUUUUCCUAAAUUAAUUUAGGUAAGUCUUUAAAUUAGCAUUUGAGUCAAAUCAACAUGUCAUGACCAUAAAAAGUAAAGCUUUGGCUUAAUGGUGAUCAGACAUGCAACUCCAGUGAUUGAAACGUAAUCUCA